AUGCCAGAACGAGUCCUCACAAUGGAGCGCGUCUUCACGAAAGAAGACAGCGCCAUCUCGCCCGCCACCGGCAAGGCAAUCAGCCAACACGAAGCCGCAGGACUAAAGAGCCUGACUAAAGAACAACACCUUCGGUUUUGGGAAGAAGUCAUAUACUGGAACAAAGAGCGCUUCACCGAGGCCAAAUGGCGACAGGCGAAGAAGGAUAUUUUGCGGGCUAAGAAGGAACACUGUAUGAAGGUGCUUGGGUGGUGUCCUCCUCCACCGCCUGUACACUCAAUCGUCACACCAGGAGGACGGCAACUACUUUUUUACAGCUCGUCUUCGUGGACUGCGCCUACGGGGGCUCAUCCACUUCGGCCAGCGCACCUUCCAAGGUUUGAGACGGCGAGUCCGACUACACCGCGGCCGCGAUGGGAGAUCUUGUCUUCGGGCCCUGGGACGCCGAGGUCGGCUACUGCUGGGCCUGUCAAGAACUCUUUCGCGCAAGGUGGGUUUUGGGAGUCACUGAUUUCACCGAAGACGCCUGUUACGGCUAUACCGAUUCCAACGACACCUGUUACCGCCGUCCCGCCUUCGCCAUGGCUUCCUAAUAUUCCUUCUAUAGACGCCGAAGCCAAAGCCACCUACGAAGACCUCAAAGCCUCCGUCUCAAAAAUGGCCCUCAAGGUCUGCGCAAGCCGCCACACACUCCGCCGCUCCUUCAACAGCGAUAACGAUGUCAUACACCCUUCCAUGGUGCGUCCAAAAGACACUUUUCUCGCCGCUCAACUCACUCUCGGCUCCUUGAAACUACAUCAACCUCUGUCGACAUACAUCGACGCCUCUCCAGGGUGGGUGGGGGAGGCGGAGGGGAGGCGGAGGGGGGGAGGUGGGGAGGUGGUGGAGUGGACAACAUCACGCCCACAAUGGGAUGUCCUUCACCCGAAUAUGGUGAAGUCUAAGGACAGACUUCUCGCCGCUCAGGUCACCCUAGGCUCCCUCAAGUUACAUCAGCCUCUGUCGACAUACAUCGACGCCUCCUUGCCGCAGAAACUAGAUUCCUACGCCGACGACGAAACCGCGGGCGCGAAACAGUAUAGAAUCAACCGCCGAGAACAACUGGAUGAUGUGGAUAGUUGGUUGCAGUUUGAUGCGCAGACGGGGGAGUUGACGACUAUACUGGAGGCUCAGCGCGAUUUACUCAAGAUGAACAAGGAUAGGCGGAAGAGUAGGGAGGUUGCGGUAGGCGAGAAGGGUAUCAAGCUCGCGUGGGCUGUAAAGGUUGUGGAUGAUUGCCAGUACUUCGCCGACAUUGCCGCAGAUGGAGAGAGCGAAGGUAGUGAUGAGGGGUAUGAGUACGGGAACUUUGUCAGGAGUCUGGGAGACGGCGAUGGCAGUUCGUUGCGGUCGAACAGCUCUACGCUCGACCUCACCUUGACACUGACGAAUAGCUCGAACGCUCGCAGCAGCGCUACAGACGAGAACCUCGGCCUGACCCAACGCUCAUCCAGCAGCCCCAUCAAACCAACCCACGACCCCAGCUCCGACACCUUACCACUCCGCUCACGCAACUACACCCUCUCCAACCUCUCCAACACCACCUCCCCAAACAUCUACACACCACCCCCCUCCCACGCCCACAGCAUCCGCCGCAGCAACGCCACAGCCACACCUUCCUCAUCCGCAUCCCGUCGUAACCGGCAGGGUAGUCUCUGGAUCAACACCAGUCUAGCUAACCCUUCUGUCAGUGCGGCUAGUACGAUGAGCCCGCAGGAACGUGGGACUAGGCAUAAGGGACCUAGUAUUGAGGAUUUGAGCGGGUGGGCGGAGGAGCUGAAGAAGAUGGAGAGGAAGAGGUUGGAGAUGAGGGGGGAUGGGGGUGUUGGGAGGAUUGGGAGGCCGGUGGGGGCCGGGAAGCCGAGACAGUUGAGGUGGUUUAGUAAUACUGAGGGAGGUGAUAGUGAAGAUGAGAGUAGGGUAGAGAAGAAGACGGCGCAUGAGAAGGAAGAGGAAAAAGCGGAUGAAGAGGGCGAUGGCUUGACGAUCAAUGGGUCCGUUCACCCUGCGUUAAGGGAAGGUGGCCACGACACCGAUGAUGGCAUUGCGAAUUGGCGUAACAAUGUCGACUUGUCACAAGGAGAAGAGAGGAACAGAGGUGCAAGCGGCGGCAGCACCAGCACAGCUAGUUGGCGCUGCGAAACUGCUUCUAUCGUCGAGCGGGAAAGUCGGCCUUCUAGCAUCGACAUGGAUAACGAGGUCUACGACACCGGAGACGACGACCAGGCAGUCGAUCACGACAACGACCACGAAAUCGACAACCCGUUCGACGAAGCCAACAACCCCUCAUACCUCGACGCCUCCGACUCCGAUACCAACGACCCGCCUACAAGGACACCAAGACCGACUACGCCAGUCCACCCCCAGCGCACGUCCUCCUUAUCACCGACACAUGCCCCGAUCAAGAUGUCUGCACUAUCAACGCUUCGUGCUCCGGCAUCGACUCCAGUUAUUCAUCAGGAAGGAACACUGCGUCUCGAUCCACCGCGCCGCCCACCACCACCGAACCGACCCCCGCCUCCGCCGAUGCCGUACUGUAACAUGCGUCCACCGGCGCCGCGGCCAACGGCUGGUCAGAUUUCUGCGGUGCCCUCAUCGUCGUCCUUCAUCGAGAUGGUUAAACGGCAGGGACAGGGGCGGGAUGUUGCGUUGUCGUCCUCCUCCAUCGAAGGGUAUGAGAAGCAGGAUGGGAAGGAGAAACAGAGGAGUGCAAGUGGGGGCGUGAGUAAAGCAACUUUACUCCAAGAAGCCGUUCACUCCCGUAGCGGUAAAAUUGGAGCUGGGAGCCAACACACUCGUAUGUGGAGUAAAAGCAGUGGCAACGCCAAGGACGACGCGAAGAGUAAGGAAGAAGAGGAGUGGGAUGAAGAACUGAAACGAAUGGAGGGGAGGGAGAGGGCGAGGCAGAUUAGUGAUUCGUAG